AUGGCGUUCUUUGUCGCAAAUUCACGGCUCAAAACAACACUGAGCCUUCUCGCCAUCUCCAUCUUGACUUCUCCAGUUUACGCGCCACCAUCGGCGAACAUUAUAGAACGAGAUAUCCUCACAACCACAACGUCGACACAGCCCUAUCAAAUUCUCACAACAACUGUCACCAUGAAUCCCUGCCCGCAACCUUGCGGCUUCUACGCCCAGCUCUGCUGCGCCGCCGACCAAAUCUGCUCCACUGACACCAACGACCUCGCUCAAUGCGUCUAUUCCACAACCGGCCCAUCCAGUCCACCGGGCUCUCCACCGAGCUGCUCGCCGUGGUCGACCUCAACAUACACGACAACCCUGUCCUUCAGCAGCGUCUCCACCUACGUCGUCACGUACACACGGACCGAACUCGACGUCCAAGUUAUCAUCGGCACGGUGUCCUGGCAGGUUUUCCCCACGCCGUCGGACUGUUGCGCGCCGCCUACCCCGCAGCCUCCAACAUGCGACUACGCGCGAGGCGAGACGCCUUGCGGCAAUGUGUGCUGCGCUGAGGGACAGUAUUGCCAGUCGGCCGGCUCGUGUGCGUCAGCGACGCCACCGAUUCGGCCUACGAGUGCGACUGCCAGUGCGGUGACGGUGACUUUUUCG